AUGGAUGGUAUUUCUUCCAACGAUUUUUCUCCUCUGGGUUGGCCUCUGCAACUUAACAGUGGAUCCAGUGCUUGGGCUGAGCGUGUUUUGGAAGGGUCCAACAGGGCGUUCACCUCAGAUGAGAAAUGUUCCACCGAUGCCGUAGAAGAGAGAAUGUCCUUGUCGCAUGUUACGCACCUUAAAGGACGUCAGUUGCUUACCGGAGCUGGAUUUUUGGAUUCGAUUGGUCAUUCUGCUACCCUGUUGUCUCGCUGGUGUUUGUCGCUGGAACUCUUCGGUCGGCACUUCUCCGACGAUGUGGGAGCAGAACAUAGCAGCUACAUACUGGAACUAGGUGGCUUCACGGUCAAGGAAGCGCGCUUUCGUAAACAUAUGGAGCGUCUUCGGAAUGGUGAACGCCGUGAUCUAACCUUGGAGGUGGAACGUGAACAUGCGUCGUUGAUUUUGGGUACUGUUCGUCAGCUGAGCGCGGAAUAUGUCAAACGCCAGUCUGCAACAGGAAAUCAACCAACAACCUCUGGCGCACCCAACACACCAUCAACCGGCAUUGGACGAUAUUCAGUCAGCUACAAUCCGCUCAGUCAACACUCCACCUCUGCGCCUAACGCUCUGCGUUCUAACACCUCUAGCAACGCUCCAAUUGCUGUAGCCUUUCUACUUGGAACAACCACAGACUCACCAUUGCUUGGCACCUUGUUCGGAGCAAGUCCUGCACCGACUACUCCAUUCGCACCCUCUGGACCGUUGACUCUAAAUCAGCCGGCGGUUCUCUCUUGUCAUCGAGUUAAGGUUACCUUCAAAGAUGAACCAGGCGAAGGCAGCGGUGUUGCGCGUUCUUUUUUCACUGCGUUCUCAGAGGCGGUGCUGGCCCAAGACGUAUUGCCCCAAUUAAACGCACUCGUCGCACCCAUGACUACUAGCGCUGCUACCUCAACCACACCGCGUAAGUAA